AUGUCGGACAACCCAGAAACAUCGGCAGCGCCGGACUGGCUCGACAAGGGUGAUCAUGCCUGGCAGAUGACCGCUGCCACCCUGGUCGGUCUACAGUCCCUACCUGGACUGAUGAUUCUCUACGCGGGCAUCGUCAAGUCAAAGUGGGCCGUCAACAGCGCCUUCAUGGCAUUCUAUGCCUUCGCCGCUGUUCUGAUUUGCUGGGUCCUCUGGGCAUACAAAGUCGCGUUCGGAAAGCACAUGCUUCCAUUCGCAGGCAUCCCUGGUCCUGCACUCUCAAUGGAAUAUCAGCUUACUCAGGCCUAUCUGCCGACCAGCGACAUUUCGACCUUCUUCCCCAUGAGCACGAUGGUGUACUUCCAAUUUGUCUUUGCGGCGAUUACACUAGUCAUCACUGCUGGCGCAUUCCUGGGGAGGAUGAAUUUCCUGGCUUGGAUCAUUUACGUGCCGCUCUGGCUCACCUUCUCCUACGCCGUCGUUGCUUACUCCAUCUGGGGCGGUGGCUUCCUCGCUGUACUUGGCGUCAUCGAUUAUUCCGGUGGGUAUGUCAUUCACUUAUCUUCCGGCACCGCAGGCUUCAUAGGCGCGUGGUGGAUCGGCCCACGACUUCCCAAAGACAGAGAAGACAAUCGACCAAACAACAUCCUCGCUGUAUUGAUCGGUGCUGGUAUCCUCUGGCUCGGAUGGAACGGCUUCAAUGGUGGAGAUCCUUACGCCGCAAGCCCAGAUGCCGGAGUCGCCGUUCUGAACACCAACAUUUGCGCCGCUACAAGUAUGCUUACCUGGACUCUUUGCGACUAUAUCUACUACGGCAAACCCUCAAUCAUUGGCGCAGUCAACGGUAUGAUCACGGGUCUUGUCGCUAUCACACCCGCUGCAGGUGUGGUCGCUGGAUGGUCUGCCAUCUUAUUGGGUCUCGGCAGCGGUAGCGUUCCUUGGCUCAGCAUGAACAUCUUCGGCAAGAAAGUCAAAGGAAUGCGCGAUAUCGACGAUGUGCUUGGCGUCUUCCACACCCAUCUUGUAGCCGGUGUUGUCGGCGGUUGCGGGACCGGUAUCUUCGCCGACGUCACCGGCUCCGCCGCAUUCGGCCUGAAGAAUCCCGGUGGUGCAAUCACUGGGAAUGGCGUUCAAGUCGGAUAUCAGAUUGCUGGUGCAUGCUUUGUUUUCGGAUGGAAUGUUGUCUGGACGAGCUUGAUCAUGUGCUUUAUCAAGUAUGUGCUGAGGAUACCAUUGAGGUACGACGAUGAGACGCUUGAGAUAGGAGACUUUUCUAUGCACGGGGAGGAAGCGUACGUGUUCGGGGAAGGCAGCGCAGGUUAUGUGCACCAUCAUUUGAGAGGGGUGGAGAGGGAAGGCGUAAUUCUUGGACAGGACACUGGAGGAAUUGUCAUAGCUAAGACGCCGGGGGUUGAAGGUAUUGAGAAGGACAGUGGCAGUGGCAGUGGGAGUAAUGGGAAAGAUACUGUUGAGAUCAAGAAAGACUGA